UGCUUAAUCUGUGUUUAGUUUACAUAUUGUUGAAAUCGCAGCGUGUUAUGGGUUUUGUGCAGUUUUUCGAAUAAUUUUUAGAAAUAUUAUUUGAAAAUGUACGAUCUGGGAGAUGAUGAUUAUGAAGAAGAGGAGGAGACUGAAGAAAUUUCGAGUGAACUUUGGCAAGAAGCAUGUUGGAUAGUAAUAAAUUCUUAUUUUGAUGAAAAAGGAUUAGUGCGUCAACAAUUAGAUUCUUUUGACGAAUUUAUACAAAUGUCUGUACAGCGAAUAGUUGAAGAUUCUCCACAAAUUGAAUUGCAGGCGGAAUCCCAACAUACUCAUGGUGAAAUCGAUACACCAACUAAGUAUCAAAUUAAAUUUGAACAAAUUUAUUUGUCUAAACCCACCCAUUGGGAAAAAGAUGGCUCGCCAUCACCAAUGAUGCCUAAUGAAGCAAGGCUUCGUAACUUGACAUAUUCUGCUCCACUUUAUGUAGAUAUUACUAAAACUGUUCUUAAAGAUGGUGAUGAACCAGUAGUUACCCAACAUUCAAAAUCGUUUAUUGGUAAAAUUCCUAUAAUGUUAAGAUCUACUUAUUGUUUAUUGUUUGGAUUAAAUGAUCGUGAUUUAACUGAAUUAAAUGAGUGUCCAUUAGAUCCUGGUGGUUAUUUUAUCAUUAAUGGCUCUGAAAAAGUUCUUAUAGCUCAAGAAAAAAUGGCUACUAACACAGUUUAUGUGUUUAGCAUGAAAGAUGGAAAAUUUGCUUUUAAAGCAGAGAUACGGUCAUGCUUGGAACAUUCAUCUCGUCCUACUUCUACUCUCUGGGUUAAUAUGAUGGCUCGUGGUGGACAAAGUAUUAAAAAAUCUGCUAUUGGCCAACGUAUAAUUGCUAUUCUACCUUACAUUAAGCAAGAAAUCCCUAUCAUGAUUGUAUUCAGAGCAUUAGGCUUUGUUGCUGAUAGAGAUAUUUUAGAACAUAUUAUAUAUGACUUUGAUGAUCCUGAAAUGAUGGAAAUGGUAAAACCCUCUUUAGAUGAAGCUUUUGUUAUUCAAGAACAAAAUGUUGCUUUGAAUUUUAUUGGUUCUCGAGGUGCAAGACCUGGGGUUACUAAAGAAAAACGUAUAAAAUAUGCUAGAGAAAUACUUCAAAAAGAAAUGUUACCUCAUGUGGGUGUUUCAGAUUUUUGUGAAACUAAAAAAGCAUAUUUCUUGGGUUACAUGGUUCAUCGUUUAUUAUUGGCAUCUCUAGGUCGCCGUGAACUAGAUGAUCGAGAUCAUUAUGGUAACAAGCGUUUAGAUUUAGCUGGUCCAUUGUUAGCAUUUUUAUUUAGAGGAUUAUUUAAAAACUUAAUGAAAGAAGUACGUAUGUAUGCACAAAAAUUUAUUGAUCGUGGUAAAGAUUUCAAUCUAGAUUUGGCUAUUAAAACUAAACUUAUAACUGAUGGUUUAAGAUAUUCUUUAGCUACUGGAAAUUGGGGUGAUCAAAAAAAAGCUCAUCAAGCAAGAGCUGGUGUAUCGCAAGUGUUAAAUAGACUUACAUUUGCUUCAACUCUUUCUCAUCUUAGGCGAGUUAACUCUCCUAUUGGAAGAGAUGGUAAACUAGCUAAGCCUCGUCAGUUACACAACACAUUAUGGGGUAUGUUGUGUCCAGCUGAAACACCAGAAGGAGCUGCUGUGGGUUUAGUAAAAAAUUUAGCAUUAAUGGCAUAUAUUUCUGUUGGCUCUCAACCUUCCCCUAUUUUAGAGUUUUUAGAGGAAUGGAGUAUGGAAAACUUGGAAGAAAUUGCUCCUUCAGCAAUUGUUGAUGCAACAAAAAUAUUUGUUAAUGGCUGUUGGGUUGGUAUUCACCGCGACCCAGAACAACUAAUGGGUACACUUAGAAAACUUCGACGUCAAAUGGAUAUCAUUGUAAGUGAAGUUAGUAUUAUUCGUGAUAUACGUGAUCGUGAAAUUAGAAUUUAUACUGAUGCUGGGCGAAUCUGUAGACCAUUACUAAUUGUUGAAAAUGGAAAGCUGCUAUUGAAGAAACGUCACAUUGAUAGUUUGAAAGAACGAGAUUAUAAUAAUUAUGGUUGGCAAGUAUUGGUAUCAAAUGGUGUAGUUGAAUAUAUUGAUACUCUAGAAGAAGAAACUACAAUGAUUGCAAUGUCACCAGAUGAUUUAAGACAAGAAAAAGAGUAUGCUUAUUGUACAACAUACACGCAUUGUGAAAUUCAUCCUGCUAUGAUAUUGGGAGUAUGUGCAUCUAUUAUACCAUUUCCUGAUCAUAAUCAAAGUCCCAGAAAUACUUAUCAAAGUGCUAUGGGUAAACAGGCUAUGGGUGUAUAUAUAACUAAUUAUCAUGUUAGAAUGGAUACAUUAGCUCAUGUGCUUUACUAUCCUCAUAAACCUCUCGUAACUACUAGAUCAAUGGAAUAUCUACGUUUUAGAGAACUUCCUGCGGGUAUUAACUCAAUUGUAGCAAUUUUAUGUUACACUGGUUAUAACCAAGAAGAUAGUGUUAUUUUAAAUGCUUCUGCUGUAGAAAGAGGAUUUUUUAGAUCUGUCUUCUUCCGUUCAUACAAAGACUCUGAAUCAAAACGUAUUGGUGAUCAAGAGGAAGUAUUUGAAAAGCCUAAUCGUGCAUCAUGUCAAGGUAUGAGAAAUGCUAUAUAUGAUAAAUUGGAUGAUGAUGGUAUAAUAUCUCCUGGUUUAAGAGUUUCCGGAGAUGAUGUAAUUAUUGGGAAAACUAUGACUCUUCCAGAUAAUGAAGAUGAACUUGAAGGUACUACAAAAAAAUUUUCCAAACGGGAUGCUAGUACUUUUUUAAGAAACAGCGAAACUGGUCUUAUUGACCAAGUCUUAUUAACUUUAAACUCUGAAGGCUACAAAUUUUGCAAAAUACGUGUAAGAUCAGAAAGAAUUCCUCAAAUUGGUGAUAAAUUUGCUUCUAGACAUGGUCAAAAAGGUACUUGUGGUAUACAAUAUAGACAAGAAGAUAUGCCUUUUACAUGUGAAGGCGUGUCUCCAGACAUUAUCAUAAAUCCUCAUGCUAUUCCAUCAAGAAUGACAAUUGGUCAUUUAAUUGAAUGUUUACAAGGUAAAGUUUCAGCUAACAAAGGAGAAAUUGGUGAUGCUACACCAUUUAACGAUGCAGUCAAUGUACAAAAGAUUUCUACUUUGCUUCAAGAGUAUGGUUAUCAUUUAAGAGGAAAUGAAGUUAUGUACAAUGGUUUUACUGGAAGAAAAAUUAACGCACAAAUAUUUUUGGGACCUACUUAUUAUCAGCGUCUAAAACAUAUGGUAGAUGAUAAAAUACAUUCAAGAGCUCGAGGACCUGUUCAAAUUUUAGUGAGGCAGCCUAUGGAAGGAAGAGCAAGGGAUGGUGGAUUACGGUUUGGCGAGAUGGAAAGAGAUUGUCAAAUUGCCCAUGGUGCUGCUCAGUUUUUACGUGAACGUUUAUUUGAAGUUUCUGAUCCUUAUCGUAUUCACAUAUGUAAUUUUUGUGGGUUGAUUGCUAUUGCCAAUUUAAGAAAUAACACUUUUGAAUGUAAAGGUUGUAAAAAUAAAACUCAAAUUUCGCAAGUCAGAUUACCCUAUGCUGCAAAAUUAUUAUUCCAAGAACUUAUGUCUAUGAAUAUUGCACCUAGACUUAUGGUUACCAACUAAUAAAUAAAAAUGUUGUUUUUCAUUUAAAAAACUUAUGAAAAUAUUCAAAAAGAAAAAAGUUAUUCAUAUUAUAUGACAUCCUUUUAUUGUACAUUAUUAUAUUUUACUAUUUAUAUUCUUGUAAAUUUAAAUUUUGUAUAUAAUUAUGUAUAAGCCUAUUAUUUAAAUUUUACAUAGAAUUUUUUUAGACUUAUAAAUAAAAUGGAAUUUUCAAGAAAUUAA